AUGGCUGGCAGAAACUUCAACAGCAUCAUUUCCCUCUUACUUCUCCUUGUAGCCUUCACUUACACGCAAGCUAGUGAAAAUAUUCCAUACACAGCAGAGAAGAAAAUAGAUGUAGUUGUGGAAACUACAGUCUACUGUCAAACCUGUGAGCAUUCAGGAACUUGGUCUCUAAUUGGAGCCAAGCCAAUUCCUUCAGCCAAAGUAAGUAUCACCUGCAAAAGCUUUAAAGGACAUGUUAGCUUCUACAAAGUGUUUGAAACCGACAAAAAUGGUUACCUCUAUGCACCACUAGAAGGGUUCAAGAUGCAGCAUCAUAUAUUAGAUCAUCCACUUCACUCUUGCUUUGUGAAGCCUCUUUGGUCUCCUCUUGACAGUUGCGUUCUUUUGUCGAAUGUUAAUUAUGGUUUGAAUGGAUCUCCACUUCGAUAUGAGAACAAGAGGUUGCACGGAAGCAAGUAUGAGGCUGUUAUAUAUGCUGCUGGUCCCUUGGCUUUCCAUCCUCCAGAUUGCUCAAAGACUCACUACUAA